GUCUUUGUGUACCAUAAUAUCAUACCUAAUUCAGAAAACUAACUCAAAAUGAAAGUGGUAAUUGUCGCCUUGGCUCUCGUGGGUCUCGCCGCCGCCGCCUCCGUAUCCGACGAGGCAGCGCAGAUCAUACGUUCUGAGUUCGAACAAACUGCGGGUGGUUAUGUAUACAGCUACGAAACUGAUAAUGGUCUGUCUCGUCAAGAAACCGGCGAGGUGAAACAAGCUUUAGACGAGGAGAACAAGCCACAUGACGUGGUGGUCGUCCGCGGCUCGUACUCGUACACGGACCCUGAGGGCAAGCCGCAGACCAUCACCUACGUCGCUGACGAGACCGGCUUCCACGCGGAGGGUGACUCCAUCCCCAAGGAGCCCGUCUCCAGGAGAUAAGCGCCUUCCAAAUGUCGCCGGUGAGCCCCCGUCAGUGGAUCACUGUCGGUUGUUCUUCGGCUGCAUGGUGCCUCUAGACUAAGACCAAGUUGUUGCCAUAACUGUUGCUCGUUAUUGUGCGAUGCUCACUGCCAUGUUUGUACCUUAAGUUUUGUUACGUUUUAUAUGAGAUUUAAGCGAGAAUAUUAUUA